UCAUUAUCAUAUUAAGGAGUGGAUUAUUGUAAAGAUGUGGUAGUUUAUCAAUUCAGCAACGCGUUACUGUUGAAAUGAACGCGAGAAAGUGUGUUAAGAAACGACACAAAAACUGCUAACGUUCGCGUUACGUCACAGCCAGGAAGAAGCGAUAGCUCUGCUAGAGAAAUCCUUCUUCGGCAGUGUUGUUUUGAUUAAACGGUGCAUUUCAGGGGUUUAUUCCCCUAUCUAACCCGUUCUUGUAGAUGAAAGGUUGGUGCAUAUUCAGUUACAUUCAGAAAGUUAUUCUGAUCAAGUAAUGGUACUUGCAUUUGCCUAAUCGGGCAGUUGAAGGACGAUCGCGGCUGGCCUUGGGAAUCGAGCAUGAAUCAUGCGCUGUAAAGCUAGCUGGAAUCUGCUGCUAGAGCAUACAAAAAUACAGGUGUUGGUGACACCAUGGCACCACUCCUGUUGUACCGCAUCGUCAGCUCCCUAACCUGCCAUCUAACCCAGAACACCCUCAGCCGGAUCUACCCUAGCACUGCCACCACCAUCUCCCGCUGCCUCUCCUCCCUUACAUCCUACCCAGCCAGAGUGCUCCUGACCCCGGGUAGACCCAUCCAGCCCCUGGCCUCUUCUCCCCAGGAUGGUGGCUCCCUCCUAGGCCAGUGUCAGCACCUGGCCUGCCUCCAGCCCGCUUCAGGGAUGAAAACCAAGAGUGCUCUGAAACGGCGCUGUAAAGACUGCUUCUUUGUGGUACGGCGGGGUCGUCUAUUUGUGUUCUGUAAGGCUCACCCCAGACACAAGCAGAGACAGGGGUGAAGAGGAGCAGGGGGUGUGAUGACAAUGUGUGUAUGGUCCUCUAAAUUGUUUGUUACUUGAAUUGCCACAUUAAAGUUUGUGACUGAU